AUGUCUGAAGCUAAAAUGAAAGAGUUACGCAGUGAUGUCGAUGAGCUGAAUGAGUUAUUAAAACAGGCUAAAAGAAAGAGGGCUCAAGAUUUGUUGUCCUUAGAAAUUAGGAAAUUGGAAACGGAAUGGUUAAAUUUGAAGGAAAGUGCACAAUCUUCGCAAGCUGGAACCUCGCCGGCACCGUCCACCGCAGCGACUUCACAACCUAAGAGAUACCAAAUUAAACUGAAUGGAUAUGGUUGGGAUCAGUCCGAUAAGUACAUAAAAGUCUUUGUCACACUAAAGGAUGUUCAGUCUCUGCCCAAGGAACAAGUUUACUGUAAGUUAACAGAUAAAUCUAUGGAGUUACAUGUUGAAAACUUGGACAACAAGGACUACCUGCUUGUUAUCAACAAACUAUUGGACUCCAUCAAUGUUGAAGAGAGCCAUUGGAAACAGAAAACAGAUAUGGUCGUCAUAUUCCUAGCUAAAGCGCGCCCCAACAUUAAAUGGUCCCACAUGACAGAGCUUGAGAAGAAGUUUGAAGACCAGCGCAACAGUAAACUUAAGCCUGCAACCCCUGACAUGGACAAAGCAGAUCCACAGGAGUCCAUUAUGAGCCUUAUGAAAAACAUGUAUGAGACUGGUGAUGAUGAAAUGAAGAGAAUGAUUUCAAAGGCUUGGUAUGAGGGACAGCAUAAGAAGAAAUCAGAUACUCUAGACCUGUAG